GCGGCCGGGGCCGGGCCCUCCCCGCGGAGGCGGGCGAGGAGCGCUGCCGGCCCCGGGGGAGCGGGCAACCGGACGGCAGCAGGAGCAUCAGCGGCAGGAGCGGAGCCGGCGCGGGAUGGGGCAGCGGCGGGGCCCGGCCGUGCUGCUCCUCGCCCUGGGGCACCUGGCCGGGCUGCUGGCGUCGGGCACUGCCUGUGACAACGUUUACCGAGGCUUCUCGGACUGCGUCCUCAAGCUGGGGGAAAACAUGGCCACGUACGAGGAGACAGACGGCAUCGAGCUGCAGGGGCUGCACCGAGUCUGUGGGUACUGGGAUGAGUUUCACACGUGUGCCCUGGAAGCGCUCUGGAAGUGCCAGAAGGAAGCAGCAGCCAUCUGGGAGAGGCUGAGAAGGGAGUCUCGGAAAGUCAAAUUUCAAGGCAGUCUGUUUGACCUCUGCGGCCCCAGCACGGCACACAGCUUUGCCUGGACCCACAUGCCCAAGGUUUCUGUCCUCUGUGUCCCCCUCAUCGUCACUUGGCUGAACUUAUGAACUGAUCUCUGCAAGGUGGUGGUGGAGCACGUCACGGUGUCUUUCUGAUCAGCUUCCCAAACCCUCUGAAGAACACCAUGUGUGGUGCUCAGUGAACACCUGGAUCCAUCCUGUCUCUGAGACAUGGGAACUGCUCAGCAGCAUCUCCUGGGUUGUGCUCUUUCUCUGUCAUUUGGGAUAACGCCUGUCCUCUUCUGCCUCAGGGCUCUGUGGUGGGUAGGCACCCAUCAGAUGACUGCAGAAUUUGGGAACUUGUAGAUAGGGGGCAGAGGAUUUGGGGGAAAGGAUGAAUUGGUCAUGGCCAUUGGAUUCUUUUGUACUCUUCUAUGGCUACUGGAAGGCAGCCUGUUUUCUUUGGUGACUCUUUCCACCAGAUCAACUCUCCAGAUUCUAUACCUGAGCACUGAAGCCAAGAUG